AAUCUCUUUGCGGAGACCUUUAUUGCCUUGCAUAAACUAAUUUAAGAAGAUGAUGAAGAAGACUUCCAAAUGUAUCAGUAAUUCAAAACUACCGUUACUAAAAGUUUAUGGUGUAAAGGCAAUAAAGUAGGUACAAUACAGUGUAAGUUUAACGUAAAACUUCCCAGGUUUCUUAAAUAAAAAUUAGUAGGUAUCAGAACCGAGAAUGGUUGCACAUUAGGUGUUAAUAUUUGUAGUUCUAAGUCAGUUGCUUAGAUUGCAGAGAUUACUACUAUCUUUUAAAAGUUGUAUGAAUCUAUGUUUAAGAUGCAAUCGUUAAGUCAUAAUGAUCCUAAUAGAGCAAUACUCUAACAUCAGGCCUUGACUAUAAGCUAACAACUAUUAGUUGAAGUUUAAAAAGCUGACAAAGAUACCAAUUCCAAAUUAUUCUACUAUAAAAACUAGGAGGAUUUAUUUAAAGCUUAGGAAUAUUUUAUUAAGAUAGCAGAACAGAUAACAAAAUAUAUAGAUAAAUUGGAUGAUAAUCUAAGGGAGGUUUGCUAUGAAAUCUUAUUGGUAUUAAUUGACAGAGGAGAAUUUCGAUUGCAUUCUUUAGGAUAUUUUGAGGAAUGUAAGUAGUUGUCCAAAAAGCAAUUGGAACUAAAAAACUCAGUGAAUCUUCAUUAUUCGGAAUUUAUGCUCCAAACAUUAAAUUGGGUUCUUCUUAAGGUUCCAUUAAAAACACAAUAGUAAAAUGAGAGAAAAUUCAUGAUGAGAUUCCUGGUGUUGGCAUUUAUAAGAAUCUAUAACUUUAAGGAUUAAUUAUUGAAAUGCAUCAAUAAACCUAAUGACCCUUAAUUAGUGGAAUGGAGAGGGAAUGAAUUUUAAUUAGAAGAAUAAGAUGUUUUUAUAAAUGAAUAAGUAGCUAUGAUAUUUGAUUGGCAGACGUACUUUUAUAACUAUCUCUCUUAAAACCAAUAAUACUAAUUAAAUUAAACCAUGUAAGAUGAGUAAUGGAAGUCAACCUUCUAGAAGAGGAGUUUAAUUUAUCAAUACUUUAUUAUGGAUUUCUGUACUUACAUAUAAUACAUUCUGUAGAAGAAUAAUAUACAAUGGCAACAUGUGCCUGGAUAUAAACAAUUAUUGAAAUCUUUUCUUUGUGAGUUGAAAUUAAAAGAAUCAUAUACUACAUCAUUUUUUGAUUGUGUGAUGGCAAUUUCGAGAAAUACGAAUAUCAUCAACAUUAUUGUAAUGAUAUUAUUCAAUAAAACUAAUUUGUAUUAAUCUGAUUAGGUCAUAUAGGUUUUCGAUUUAUUGAGUUUAAUAAUAAAUUAAUGCCCUUAAACAUUAACAGUUUUUGAUUACCCAUUCUUUUUAAAUGGGAUUAGAAUUGUAUUAACAUAAUCAGAACAUGCUAUAGCAAUAGCAACAGUUUUGGAGUUGAUUUACACCAAUUUUUUGAAAUUCCCGAUAGAGUUCAGAAAGGCAGUGAUCGACUUAUUAUUUGAGCCAAUAUGUUUUGAACUGUUUCUCCAUUGGUCAAAGACUGUGAGGACAGUGUUUAUGAGUUUUCUACUCUAUCGGAUAUGCCAUCAAUAUCGAAAUAACAAGAUUUCAGUAAUGGAUGAGGAACUGUUUGAGUAGUAGUAUUUGAUAGCCUCGAAGCCAAGGAAGAAUUUUAGUUUUUACGAGAAUAGAAAGGAGGAGAAAUAGUUAAUUGCAGAUUACAUUUACUUGAAAUACACAAGAUUUAUGAUGAACAUAGAAUAGGUCAAGAUUCAAUUGAAGUAGUUUCCAGUCCAUAGAGAUUUGACUGGUCUAGAGAGUUUGAAGGAGAAGCUGGCUCAGAAGAAUCAGUAUCAUUAGGAGAGUCAGAAUAUUAUUAUAUAGGAGUAGAGAUAAGAUGAUAAGGAGGAGAUUCCAUCUGAGAAGUAGAUAAUUUUUGAGAGAAGGAACGAAUAUAGAAAUCCUACUAAAAAGAGAACCAUCAUCUUGUCAGACAAUAAAUAUAAAUAUUUAAAAGUAGCUUUAAAUGAGUUCUCUGAUUUGACUAAACAAUACACAAGAUGGAGAUAUUAAUCUAUGAAUAUGAGUGGGGAAGAGUUGAGUCCAGAAGAGAAGAGUUAGGCGUAUUUGAACUUCUAGGUUCCACAAAUUAAGAUAUUGGUGCAUUAUGAUUAGAAAGAAGGGAAGCAAGAUUGA